GUCCGAACCCGGUCAGCCCGGCUGAAAACCAAAAAGUCGCCUUUGGUUUUGUUUCGACAAACGGUCGCCAGUGUGCUCGGCUCGUUUCUUCUUCUUCUUGUACGAUCAUUCCAUCGUUUCUCAGGCACAAACCCUAUACUCAAAUUUGUCAACCAAACAGUUGCUGAGCUUGGGUUUGUGACACUUUGAGGAAAAAGAUACACAAUCAUAAAUGGAUGAUAUUGAUGAUAGUAUAAAGCCCGAGAGGAUAGUUUUUGUGACUGUAGGAACAACUUGUUUUGACGCUCUUGUUAAAGUGGUGGACACUCCGGAAGUUAAACGGGAAUUGUUUAACAAAGGGUAUACCCAACUUCUUAUUCAAAUUGGCCGUGGGUCAUACAUCCCCACCAAGUCUAGUGGAGAAGGUGUCUGCCUGGCUGUAGACUACUUCACAUUUUCAUCUAGCAUUGCUGACAAUUUGAGAUCGGCAUCUCUUGUUAUCAGUCAUGCAGGUUCGGGAAGCAUAUUUGAGACACUGCAACUGCGCAAGCUGUUAAUUGUGGUGGUGAAUGAGGAUUUGAUGGACAAUCACCAAAGUGAGUUAGCGGAAGAACUAGCAGAGAGGAAGCAUUUGUUUUGUGCUUCCCCUCAAACACUCUUACACACUAUCAAAGCUCUGAGUUUAGACACUCUCGCUCCAUAUCAUCCAGGAGAUGCCAGACCAGUCGCCAAACUCAUGAACCGGUUUCUCGGUUUUCUGGAGGACUGAUCAAGCUACAGAAUUGAGUUACAUGUGGGGAAAUAUUCAACUCUUGCAUUUCCCCACUGCAUGUACUGAUGAGGUAUGAGCUUUCUCGAGGGUGUGUUCUGGAAGUGUUUUAUAACAUGAAUCCAAAAAGAUGAUUGUUAGAAGCACACUAUUCAUGAUUCGAUUUCUAUGAUUCGAUAGGAGUUUCAACCAAAACAAUUCAAAUUGUGCUAUUGAAUCGGAAAUUGAGUGAAUCGCACAAUUCAAUUUACGAUUCACUACGAUUCAAUUCUAUUUUCGAUUUAUAAUGCAUGAAAUGAUGUUAUUUUUGCUUCUAUCGAUUAGUAAAAAAGAGAUCAAUUAGUUAUAUUCA